GCAACCUUGGUUGCUGGUUUCCGUGUUACCUUAACUUUCUAUUAUCUUUCUUUUCUCCAGUUGUACGGAUAAAUGACAACGACUCUCGACACUCCAAAAGUCCUAUGGACCAUUACCACACUAACACACUGACAAACACAGCACAGGAGCCAAGAUGCCAGCCGUCACCGCCGUCACCGCCAUGAUCGCCACCCCGACGACCUCUCUCAGUACCGCCACCCCCGUCUUCCGCCCUCCUCCCUCUCUCACCACCGUCACCCACACCGUAACCCCCCCGGCCGCCAUACGAAACGAUGGUUACUUCUGCCCUAGUGCCCUCUGGGCAUACCACGCCUCCAAGACUCCAGACCAGUUGGGGCUACCUGAGAUCUGCCCGUGGGCCCGCGCGACUUUACCUUUCGACGGAUUGUGCUCCCACGCAGCAUUCGACGAAGGAGUCAAUUUCGGUCAUGACGAACAUGACUCAACUGGGAUGACGGAGCACGACAUUCGUGAAUUGGAAGCGUCGGCUGAAGAGAGGCGCCAAGCCUACCUCAAGAGACAUCGGGAACAUAACAGCGGCUUUCGAAAUCGUUACCUGGCGAAGGAGGACUUCGUACUAAAGCAUACAGUGAGUGAGCCCAAGGUGACGCCUCCCCAAUCAUGUUGUCGAUCAUGUGUGGCAUAUGCCACGCCAUUACAACCUUCUUCCCAUGGUCGGCAUGUCCCGGAGAGUGUUCGUCGAAGCAUGGUCUUGUUCCUGAGAGCAGGCAUUGUGAACGGAAUCGUGUGUAUUCUCACUACCAGCUACAUGCAUAACACUGCGACUGUCUGCACCGGUCAGAUGGUCGUAGCGGAAUGAUCUUGAGUGUCUGGCAUGGAAGUGUCUCCAGAAUGGACAAGUGAGAACAAAAAGGAAACAACAGAACCAAAAACGCCCCAGCACCCUUCGCAAGCGUUCUGCGCUUGUUGCAGCAGCUCAGCGAUGUCCCUCUAAUCUCCAUCCCAUUCUCCGUCCACAUUCUUUUAUUUUUGGUCAACAUCACCUAUCAUGUCCCCCCCCUCGCACUAGUCCCGCGACAUCGAGGCGCAACU